AUGUCGAGCAGCACUCUCGCCCGCACCGCCCUGCGCCAACCCGUGCGCCGCUACGCCGUCCCCUCGUUCGCCCCCUCGAGCGCAUCUCCCUUCGCCGUCUUCGAUCGCGACCUCAAGCGCAACCAGCGCAACCGUGCAGCUCGCCACGUACAGCGCUCCAGGCUCACCGACUAUGUCAAGGACGACGUCGCCCAGUCCAUGGUCGACCGCCUCCUCGACAUCAAGCGGCGGUACCCUCUUGUCCUCGACGUCGGCUCGGGCCCCGGCUUCCUCGCAAAGCACCUCGACCCGGAAAUCACGCAGAAGGUCGUCAUGGUCGACGGCGCCCGGCAAAUGCUGUACCGCGACGAGGACGUCGAGACCGAGGUGCCGGUCGAGCGCGUGCACCUCGACGAGGAGGAGCUCGCGUCGCACUUUGAGGAGAACUCGCACGACUGCAUCAUGUCGUGCCUCUCGAUGCACUGGAUCAACGACUUGCCAGGGACGCUCGUGCAGAUCAAGCGCACGCUCCGACCAGACGGCGUCUUCAUCGGGUCCAUGCUCGGCGGCGACACCCUCUUUGAGCUGCGAACAUCGCUGCAGCUCGCCGAGCUCGAGCGAGAAGGCGGUAUCUCGCCCCGGAUCUCGCCCAUGACCGACUCUCAAUCCGUCACGUCGCUCCUGAACCGCGCCGGGUUCGCCCUCUCGACGGUCGACGUCGACGAGGUGCAGAUCGCGUACCCGUCGAUCCACGAGCUCGUCGACGACCUCAAGUGGAUGGGCGAGGGCAACGCCGUCGUGAACCGCCGGCGGACCCUGAGCCCCGAGACGCUGCUCGCCGCGGGCGAGAUCUACAAGGAGCUGCACGGCCUCGAGGACGGCUCGAUCCCGGCCACGUUCCAGAUCAUGCACAUGAUCGGCUGGAAGCCCGACCCGUCGCAGCCCAAGCCGGCAAAGCGUGGCUCGGGGUCGACCAACCUCGCCGACGUCAUUGGCGACGAGGGCGCGACGCCGCUCAAGUAGAGAAGAGCAGCGCAACGAGGAGCGAGGGACUGAAAAAGCUGUCGCGAGC